GUGACCAGGCCUGGCUGGGACUGCGGCCAUUAAACCAGUCCUCAUUGCCCUGGCCUUGCUUGCCAACUAGUGAACAGAAGAGGGUGGAGCGCUUCUUUCCGGGACCAUUGCAAAGGCAUCCACGCCAUUGUUAAGCUGAAGUUGAGCCCCACACAUUGCUGAAGAAGAUGCCAGCACCCAUACCAGAACCAAAGCCUGGAGACCUGAUUGAGAUUUUCCGCCCUUUAUACAGACACUGGGCCAUCUAUGUUGGUGAUGGAUAUGUGAUCCACCUGGCUCCCCCAAGUGAAUUUCCAGGAGCUGGGCCAGCCAGCAUUAUGUCUGCUUUGACCGACAAGGCCAUAGUGAAGAAAGAACUGCUGAGCGAUGUGGCCGGGAGGGACAAGUACCAGGUCAAUAACAAACAUGACAGCGAGUACACCCCACUCCCUCCAAACAAGAUCAUCCAGCAGGCGGAGGAGCUGGUGGGGCAGGAGGUUCUCUACAAGCUGACCAGUGAGAACUGUGAGCACUUUGUGAAUCAACUUCGUUAUGGAGUUCCCCGAAGUGACCAGGUCAGAGAUGCUGUCAAGACAGUAGGUAUUGUUGGAGUGGGCUUGGCAGCCUUUGGCCUCAUUGGAGUCAUGCUCUCCAGAAACAAGAAACAGAAGCAAUGAGUUGGAUGACUACCCAUCCUUAGGGGCUCUUCUUUUGCUAGAGGCUUUGAAAUUUAAUUCAUAGAUUCUACUGUUUUAUAAUUAGGCUAUUUCCACAGCAUACAAUAAAGCACAAGAAAGGA